UGCGACCAAUUCAAACAUGGCGCCGCAAGCCUCAGGUUCCCGGUUUCCGCUAAUGGCGGCGUAGGGGCGAAGGUCACGCCUGAGUGGACCGGCGCGAGAGGGCGGAGCUGUCUCCAUGGUUACCCGCGCGCAGCGCUGGCCGCUCACCCCGGCGGGAAGCGCGGGUGCUGCGGCACUGGCAACCGGCGGGGCCCCGGGCGGCCCGGGGCCAGGGCGGCCGGGGCCGUUGCAGGAUGAGACCCUGGGUGUGGCGUCCGUGCCCUCGCAGUGGAGGGCCGUCCAGGGCAUCCGCGGGGAGACGAAAAGUUGCCAGACGGCCAGCAUUGUCACUGCUGAUGCGUCUGCCCAGGUUCGGAAUCAUGCUGAUGCCCAGGUGCAGACGGAGGCCCUGGAGCCUGUCAGCGUGCAGCCCCCAUCCCGGUGCGACAUCCCCCGGCUCGCAGCCUUUCUUCGGAGAGUGGAAGCCAUGGUCAUCCGAGAGCUGAACAAGAACUGGCAGAGCCAUGCGUUUGAUGGCUUCGAGGUGAACUGGACGGAGCAGCAGCAGAUGGUGUCUUGUCUGCAUACCCUGGGCUACCCCCCAGCCCAGGCACAGGGUCUGCACGUGACUGGCAUUUCCUGGAACUCCACUGGCUCCGUGGUGGCCUGUGCCUACGGCCGGGUGGACCACGGGGACUGGAGCAUGCUUAAGUCCUUCGUGUGUGCCUGGAACCUGGACCGGCGAGGCCUGAGUCCCCGGCAGCCAUCGGCUGUGGUGGAGGCGCCUAGCGCCGUCCUGUGCCUGGCCUUCCACCCCAUGCAGCCCUCCCAUGUCGCAGGAGGGCUGUACAGUGGCGAGGUGCUGGUGUGGGACCUGAGCCGUCCUGAGGACCCGCUGCUGUGGCGCACAGGCCUGACAGAUGACACCCACACAGACCCUGUGUCCCAGGUGGUGUGGCUGCCGGAGCCCGGGCACAGCCACCGCUUCCAGGUGCUGAGUGUGGCCACUGAUGGGAAGGUGCUGCUCUGGCAGGGCAUUGGGACGGGCCAGCUGCAGCUCACAGAGGGCUUCGCCCUGGUCACGCAACAGCUGCCACGGAGCACCAAGCUCAAGAAGCAUCCCCGGGGAGAGACUGAGGUGGGCGCCACGGCAGUGGCCUUCUCCAGCUUUGACCCAAGGCUGUUCAUUCUGGGCACGGAAGGUGGCUUCCCGCUCAAGUGUUCCCUGGCAGCUGGAGAGGCGGCCCUCACGCGGAUGCCCAGCUCCGUGCCCCUGCGGGCCCCGGCACAGUUUACCUUCUCUCCCCACGGCGGUCCCAUCUACUCUGUGAGCUGUUCCCCCUUCCACAGGAAUCUCUUCCUGAGCGCGGGCACCGAUGGCCACGUCCACCUGUACUCCAUGCUGCAGGCCCCGCCCCUGACCUCGCUGCAGCUCUCUCUCAAGUACCUAUUUGCUGUGCGCUGGUCCCCAGUACGCCCCUUGGUUUUUGCAGCUGCCUCUGGGGAAGGUGACGUGCAGCUGUUUGAUCUCCAGAAAAGCUCCCAGAAACCCACAGUUUCCAUCAAGCAAACCCAGGAUGAAAGCCCUGUCUACUGUCUGGAGUUCAACAGCCAGCAGACUCAGCUCUUGGCUGCGGGCGAUGCCCAGGGCACAGUGAAGGUGUGGCAGCUGAGCACGGAGUUCACGGAACAAGGGCCCCGGGAAGCUGAGGACCUGGACCGCCUGGCAGCGGAGGUGGCCACCUGAGGAGUCCUGGGAGGCAGGCACAACGCUUUGCUGUGCUGAGCCCUGACGUGAGCUGAAUGAAGAAAAGCAAAGCUUUGGGUGAA